AACUCCUCGUUGAUCGCAUAGUGCUGUCUUGUGCGCCCCGAACAGCCCACACGAUGCACAAGACCGCGUGGACACAGAAGGGGUCUUCCCUGCCGUCAGAAAGGAUCCCGUCCAAGAAGCAAGCUCCCCAACCGACGAAAGCGAAGGGCAAGCAGAAGGACGCUGGUCCGCCGAAAAGCAAGGAGGUCGUGAAGCUGGAGAAGCUACGAGACGAUCUCCGCAAUGCGACUGGGAAGGAAAGAGACCCAAAGCGUGGAUGCUUCUGCCAAGCCAGGUUGCAUCCGCUCUCUUCGUACACACCCAUCUGCCGCACGUGCGGUCUGAUUCUAUGCGAACUCAACUUACCCAACUUUGCAUGCCCACACUGUGGCGAAUCGACCCUUUUACCGGCGGCACGCAACGCACUUAUUGCCACGUUGGAUGCACAAAUCAGUGAGGCCAUCGCGAAAGAGGAAGAGGGCCGCGCCCGCGCCAUCCAAGAAGCACGCGCAGCCGAGGGCGCGUUCCCUACCCUCUCCGCCGCUUCCCGGGCGAGCACGCCCGGCUCCGGGUCUGACUCGCAAGCUUCCCACCCGGUCAACCAGACCCACAAGGUGUUGUCACUCAACUCGAAGACGAGGAAGAUCAAGGUCGAGUCAUACACGCCGCCCGCCAUCUCUCGCGCCGCGUCGGCGGAGAGAGUCAAACAGGCAGAGCCUGAGCACAAGCGCGUCCCUGCACCACCGGCGGAGGUCGUUAUAUCGCGAACACAACCGGAUCCUCAGCGGCCAUGGACGAACACGCGGGGGCUGAACGUGACGUACGUUCCGCCUUCGAGGAUAUGACGUGUGUAAUAUGUUUAGGUGAAUAAUACCGCGGC